AUGGACUGCUCAGACGCAUCGAGGAUAGCCCGCAAAGAAGUCUCUAAGCAGCAGACCGCAAAGCCGCCGGUGGUCCCACCGGAUGGAUUUGGCAACUAUAUCCGAGAUGAUUUCGUCUUUUUCAUCCAGGAGAAUCUCCCAUACUGGAAGAUAAAUGGAUUAUUUGAUACGUCAGCGCUGUCCAAUCCCAACUGUGGUGGUUCGGGAUACGAGAGCCUAAAGAAUAUCUAUUCCUGCAUGUGUGAGCUGGACCUGCGUAUCGAUCAUGAUCAAAUCCGAAAGCGGGCCGCCUUGGUCCUUCUCGACGCCAAGUACAAGGAGGCACUUGCAGAUUGGGAUUCACAGAAAGAGCCUCAAUGGUCUAAAGAUUCCGUCGGAGUCGGGCGAGGGGAUUCAAGCGGUAUGAUUGACAACAUGCUCGGCCGCAUGCACCCGGACUGGAAUUCGUAUGACGCUCGACGACGGUCUAAACUUCGAGCCAAAUUCCACAACGAAAAGCGACACGGCAAGCGAUGGGCAGUUUUGGUGGCAGGUCUGGGCCCCAGUAUACUGUUUCUCUGUAGCUCGCAGCUUGUCAGGACUGUGUAUGUUGUCGCUUCUCUGGAAAGAAAAACACCAAGACUCAGGAUUCCCACUGACUUUAUGAUUAGGAAAGACACCACGAUAACUAUAACUACUCUCGAGCAGAUUGCGACUAAUUGUAUCUUGACUCUUCCGUGUGCGAUGCGUCUGCUUCAAUUGAUGAACCCAAUCGCCCAGGCACUUCUAUAUAAUUGGGACUGCCGCUCUGUUGAUACCAAAUCCGUUUUGGGGCAGCUACACGUCUGGCAAGAGACUAGAAGUACUAUCAGCUAA